AGAUGAGACAGGAAGAGGCAUCUUCUUCUGAGAAUCUGAACGAUUCCACUAUAACUUUUAUUUAUUUAUUUUUUUUUUAUUUUAUGAGACAAAUGACAUAAUGGGUAAUGACUGCUUUCUUCCUUCUCAAUAUUACUCUCAAAUCUUACUAUUGCCAAUCAAAACUUCAAAACCAUAAUCGCCAUCACUACCACCCGAGGAAUCAUCGAGGCUUCAACGCAAAUGGAUCCCAUUGUGUUGGGUCUCUCUUCAUCUACCCCUCUCUUCUCUUCUUCGUUUCCAACUUUCCUGACCACAAGACAGUCUUGGCCUCGUUCAAAGAUUGACAUAGUUGCCAUCUCCGGUACCGGUAAAUCCAUGACAACUUCGCCGGUGCACACCAGCACAGUGACGAACUUUGGCUUCAAAACUUUGAUGGAGACGGUCUCGGUCGAUGUCCAGAGAGCAGAAGGGAGGCCUUUGAACGUCCCCCUGAUCGCGCCCUUCGUAAUUGCUUCAUCCAGGCUGGACAAAGUGGAGAAUGUGGCCAUCAGGGUGGAAUUGAAUAACGGGUGUGUGGGGUGGGGUGAGGCGCCGAUCCUCCCAUUUGUGACUGCCGAGGAUCAGCAAACGGCGCUUGUGAAGGCAGGGGAGGUGUGCGAGUUUCUUAGGCGGAGUCAGCCCAUGACCUUGGGUUCGGUGCUAGCAGAAAUUGGUGGGCUUCUCCCAGGACAUGAGUUUGCUUCAGUUAGGGCAGGAGUUGAAAUGGCACUGAUUGAUGCUGUUGCAAAUAGCAUUGGCAUACCCCUAUGGAGAUUAUUUGGCGGUGUAUCAAAUACCAUAACCACUGACAUAACAAUUCCAAUUGUUUCUCCUUCAAAAGCUUCUGAAUUGGCUUCAAUGUAUUACAAGCAAGGUUUCAACACUUUGAAGCUUAAGGUUGGAAAUAAUCUGAAUGCAGAUAUAGAAGUUCUUAAAGCCAUAAGGGUGGCCCACCCAGAUUGCAUGUUUAUCUUGGAUGCUAAUGAAGGAUAUACUGCCAAUGAAGCUAUUCAAGUUCUUGUGAAGUUAUGUGAAAUGGGGGUGAUUCCUGUUCUUUUUGAACAACCAGUUCAUAGAGAUGAUUGGGAAGGUCUUGGCCAUGUUAAUCAUGUUGCAAAGGGGUAUGGGAUAUCUGUUGCUGCAGAUGAAAGCUGCCGGAGUUUUCUCGACAUACAGAAAAUUAUAGAAGGAAAUCUUGCUGAUGUCAUAAACAUUAAACUUGCCAAAGUUGGAGUUAUGGGGGCCCUUGAAAUUAUUGAGGCAGCAAAAAAAUCAGGCUUGAAUCUGAUGAUUGGUGGGAUGGUUGAAACUAGACUUGCCAUGGGCUUUGCUGGUCAUCUGGCUUCAGGGCUUGGAUGUUUCAAAUUUGUUGAUCUGGAUACACCCCUUUUGCUCUCAGAGGAUCCAGUGGUUGGUGGAUAUGAAGUUUCUGGCGCUGUUUAUAAGUUCAAUAAUGCUAGAGGUCAUGGAGGUUUCCUGCAUUGGGAUACUAUUGCAUGAAUAAGGAUACGGAUUGAAGCCCAUCGACAAACAUCCAAUAUUCAAUCUAGAUGGGAGCUAAGUUUGUUUCAUGCAGUAGUGGUAUUUAGCCAAUUUUGUAUGUUGAAAUCUUCAUUGUGCUAAAAAUGAGCACUGUCCAAACAUACUCAGAAUUCAUGAACACAAAAUUGCCAUAGACUAAUAACUUUAUUGCAAGCACAAAUUAUAUUUUCUUUGUUUAGUUAUAACUGUCUUUGACCAUUCUCAACUUCAAGGCAUCUGUUUUGAGGGGAUGGGAUUCCAGCUAAAGUGAACUUUGGGGUAACUGAUUUCUUGUAAUAUGAAUUAUUCUCCAUUACUAAAAUUGAUCUGUUAUUCAUUAAAAAAAAAGAAAACUUCAAGUCGAUGUUUGAUUACUUUACAAAUGCUUACUUUUUAUCAAUUUCAACUUCAACUUGCAUUAAUUCCAAA